AUGAGAAAAAAAAAAAAAUAUCAGACAUUCAUCAUUGAAGUUAGAAAUAAAAGAGAUAAACAUAAAGCUGUCAUUAAUUAUAACAAUUUAGCAGAUAUGAAUAAUGACACAUUCAAUUAUUGGCGAAGCCCUGCACUUAGACAUUGUUAUCAACAAGAUAUUGAAGUUGAAGUAAAUAAAAAUAAAGCACUUAUAUGUCAUCAAAAGGCUAUAAAAAUAAAGAAGACAAGUGGAAAAUGA